UCCAAACAGAGGGCUCCCACUGAGAGAAACAUACAGUACCCAGCUCAAUAAUUUGGUUCGCUAUGGAUUGUGGGAGUUAGAGACACUGCCCAGGCGUGUUGCACUGGAGCUGACUGAAAACAGUAGACAUAUUGCUGUGCUCUAUUCUCAGAUCUUCAGACUGGCAGCAGCACAAUGUCUAGCCGCGGAGGAAAAAAGAAGACCACCAAGACGUCCCGGUCGACCAAGGCGGGCGUGAUCUUCCCUGUGGGCAGGAUGCUGCGUUACAUCAAAAAGGGGCUCCCCAAGUACAGGAUCGGCGUGGGAGCGCCCGUCUAUAUGGCCGCCGUCCUGGAAUACCUCACCGCUGAAAUCCUGGAGCUGGCUGGCAACGCCGCCCGGGACAACAAGAAGGGCCGCGUCACCCCGAGACACAUCCUGCUGGCCAUCGCCAACGACGAGGAGCUCAACCAGCUGCUAAAAGGCGUGACCAUCGCCGCGGGAGGGGUCUUGCCCAACAUCCACCCGGAGCUCCUGGCCAAGAAGAGAGGCUCCAAGGGCAAACUGGAGGCCAUCAUAACCCCGCCUCCCGCCAAGAAAUCCAAGGCAUCUCCCAAGAAAUCCGCAGCCAAGAAAGCCGGUGGGAAGAAGGGGGGUGGGAAAGCAAAGAAGAAGCAGGGAGAGGUGAGCAAAGCCGCCAGCGCGGACAGCACCACGGAGGGCACCCCGGCCGACGGCUUCACCGUUCUCUCCACCAAGAGCCUCUUCCUCGGGCAGAAGCUCAACCUCAUUCACAGUGAAAUCAGUAACUUGGCUGGAUUUGACGUGGAGGGUGUAAUCAAUCCAACCAAUGCUGACAUUGACCUUAAAGAUGAUCUAGGUAGUGCCCUGGAGAAGAAGGGGGGCAAGGAGUUUGGGGAGGCCGUGCAGGAGCUGCGCAAAAAGAACGGUCCCCUGGAGGUAGCAGGAGCUGCCCUGACCUCCGGUUUCGGACUCCCUGCCAAGUUUGUCAUCCACUGUCAUAGCCCUGGGUGGGGAUCGGAUAAGUGCGAGGAGCUGCUUGAUAAGACGGUCAAGAACUGUUUGGCGUUGGCAGAUGAGAAGAAGCUCAAAUCGGUGGCUUUUCCCUCCAUCGGCAGCGGCAGGAAUGGCUUCCCAAAGCAGACAGCUGCACAGCUCAUCCUGAAGGCUAUCUCCAGCUACUUUGUGGCUACAAUGUCCUCGUCGAUUAAGACGGUCUACUUUGUGCUGUUCGACAGUGAGAGCAUAGGGAUCUACGUGCAGGAAAUGGCGAAGCUCGAUGCCAACUAAGCACUCGCCCCAUCCUCCCCAUCCCCCCCACCCACA